AUGACUGUCACCGACCUUGAGGUCCUCAAGAUCAGGUCUGCCACCCUCCUCGCAUCAUCCAACACUUCUCUCAAGGCCGCAUCCACCUCUAUCACCAAGGUCGAGAAGAAGAUCCCCAAGAUCGAUGCCUCCACCACCAAGCUCAAGAAGGACGUCACCAAACUACAUGACAGCCAGAGCAACCUCAAGGCCACCGUAGAGUUCCCUGAGAUGGUCGCCAACGCUGCCGCCUUGGAGCAGGCACUUUCAACGAUCCGCGUCCUCAAAAUGCUCAAGAAGGAAGCGAUCGAGGAGAAGACAAAAUGGCAGAAGAAGUACAACGAAGCCGCUCUCGAAGCUCUGAGAGCUAAGAAGGAGAACAAGUCGCUCAUCAAGACUGUCGCCGAGCAGAGUUUGGCAAUCGACGACAUACGCUCCGAGGUCGAAGUGUACUUCAAGGAGUCAGCUGAAAGCUACAAGAGGCGUGAGGCAUCGCACGAGGCGUAUGCAGCUGAGCUUGAGGAGCUCCUCGAUGUGCAGCGGACCGACAAGUAUGCUCAAGCAAACAAGAUCCAGUGCGUAGCAUCUUCGAAGCUCUGGAGUAACUGA